GCUGAGUUUAAGAAUAAAUAAAAAUGAGAAUUUUGGGAUUAUUACUUGCAGUGUCUGUUGUAGCAGGACAAAGACCAGAUCCAGGGUACAGUUGGUGGAAUGUUGCUGGCAAAUUAAAAGUGGUCUCUACUGGACAAGCAGGUGUAUGGGGUGUCAAUAGCAACGACAAUAUAUUUUAUAAAAGCGAGACGUAUUUAAGCGGUGCUGUGCAAUAUCCGUCACCUGUCGGAAAUCAUUGGCAACAUAUUGCUGGCGGACUAAAAGAAAUCAGCUCUGGACACAACAUUGUUUGGGGAGCGAACGCCCAUGAUCAUAUUUACGUCCGAAAGGGUAUUUCAAAAAGUAAGCCAGUUGGAACACAUUGGAAACGUAUUAGUGGUGGACUCAAACAAGUGUCUGUGAGUCCUAACACCAACAAUGUAUGGGGUGUUAAUAAGCAUGACAAUAUCUACUAUCGAAAAGGUGCUUCUUUAUCCAAUCCAGAUGGUACCGGAUGGCAGCACAUUGGAGGCAAAUUGAAAUUUGUUUCUGUUGGUGACUCCGGUGUAUGGGGAGUCAAUAAAAAUGAUCAGAUAUUUUACAGAAAAGGAACAUUUGGUGGAUAUACCGCUGGUACCGGAUGGCAACACAUAUCUGGAGGUCUCAUGCAGAUCCACAGUGGUCAUAAUAUUGUUUGGGGAGUGAACAAACACUACCACAUCUACAUUCGCGAAGGGAUAAGUGAUUCGAACCCUACUGGUACAGGGUGGCGACGUAUGGAUGGAUUAUUGAAAUACGUUUCCGUAAAUAGUCGUGACGACAGCGUAUGGGGAGUCACCAAGCAUGAUGUCAUCUUCUACCGAAACGGUGCAGGACUUCUAUAACAGAAGCAUGGAUUUUGUUUGUGUGAAAGGAUGAGGUGCAGAUUGCUGUAUAACUUUGUAAUUUUUUUAUCUAAUCAUGUAGUCCAAAAAUAUUAUUCCUGUAUUAAAACUAGCGUGAUGUCUUAUCAAAUUACCAGAAAGCGAA